GCGCUUCGGUCGUACGACGUCGUCGCCGUCGCGCCCGGCUCGGAGGCGGUGCUCGAACGCGUGCUCACUUCGCCCGCGCGCGAGCUCAUCGACCUGGUGUGCCUCCCGUCUGCGCACGCGCCGCCCUUUUCGCUGCGCCCGCACGCGGCUCGGAGGGUCCUCGCCGCGGGCCUCCAGCUCGAGCUCUGCUACUCCGCCGCCUUGCGCGACGCCGCGUCGCGCCGCCACUUCUUCGCGAACCUGCGCGCCUGCCUCGAGGCGCUGCCCGGCGCGGCGCGCAAGCGCGGCGCGGCCGGGCUGGUCCUCUCGUCCGGCGCCGACGAGCCGCGCCUGCUCCGCGAGCCGCGAGACGUCGCCUCCCUCGUCUCGCUCGUCGGGGCAGGCCCGCUCGCCGGCCGCGCCGCGCUCGCCGUCAACCCAUUCCGCGCGCUCGAGCGGGCCGCGAGGCGCCAGUACCCGCCGCCGCUCGCGCCGCCGCCGCCGCAUGGACUCUGCUCCAUCGGUCUCGUCCCCACGCGCGCCGCCGCCGCCGUCGCCGCCGCCUCCGCUGGCGGAGGCGCGAGUGGCGCUGGCGGCGAGCAGCAGCACCAUCACCACCAAAAGAUGCGGCGGAGAUGA